CAGAGACAGAGAUGACCUCAUGAUUCAAACGGCCUUCCUCUGCUUUCCAUUGCUUUUGCUCCAGCCUUCCCCAGAUUAUUGGGUCCCCUCUCCCACUCACCUCCACAUGAAUGCUUCCAAAACCAGUGACGCCAUUACUAUACAGGCCUCAGCAUCUUUCAAUGGCAUUCAAAUCUUAUAUAAACGCCCCAGUGGCCGAAGAAUUUUUUCGGUGGCAAUUGGAGCUAUUGACACUUAAUCUUCGUCGUGCCCCUUGGUUCCCACAAUAGUCACACUUGCCGGAAAAUUAUGGUGAAAUCUACGAGCAAUGAGGAUGAGAGUGUCUCCGUUAGGUUUCAGAGUGUUAUUAAAAUUUUGCAUCUGCUACUUUCGCUCGGAAUCAUUAUGGCAAUGGAUAAAUUUUUGGAACGGGUUUUUGUAGCCGUGGCUAUCAAGUUUCCGAGUGCCCUUUUCGGGAUGUUCUUUGUGUUUUCCAUCCUGAUGAUUUUUGAUUCUGUACUCCCUUCUGCUGCAACAAUUUUGAUAAACUUCUUCGAGCCAGCAAAUAUGUUUAUUCAGAGGUGGCUUCCAGUGUUUUAUGUUCCUCUUUUGGUGGUUUUGCCUCUGUCUGUGAAAGGUAUCCCUGCGGCUUCAGGGGUCAAGAUAUGUUUCAUCAUAGUUGGGGGUUGGCUGGCUUCACUUUCUGUUGCUGGUUACACAGCAAUAACCAUAAGAAAGAUUGUUAAGACAGAAAUGAUAGCUGCCGAACCUAUGCCAAAAGCGUCCCCAUUCUCAAAAUUUGAAGUGUGGUCUUGGACUGGAAUGUUCCUUGCAUCAUUUAUUUCUGCAUUCCUAUAUCCGACAGCACUUGGGACAAAUGCAAGAACAUGCCUGCCUUUCCUACUUGCAGCUACUGUGUUAGGCUACAUGGUUGGUUCUGGGUUGCCCUCUGAUAUCAAGAUGGUGUUCCACCCAAUAAUUUGUUGUGGACUAUCAGCGUACUUGGUGGCUCUAGCUUUUGGGUAUUUAUCAAAGUCUGGAGUGGAUGCUGUUCUAGGAUAUUAUCUCACGAAAGUUUCAUCCAACCCUGGAGCUGGUGACAUUCUGAUGGAAUUUUUGGGAUCUGUUAUUAUUUCUUUUGCCUUUUCAAUGUUCAAACAGAGAAAGCUUGUCAAGAGGCAUGCGACAGAGAUUUUCUUAUCCGUGAUCAUCUCGUCAUUAUUCUCAUUGUAUUCAACUGCGAUCAUAGGGCGUCUUGUUGGCCUGGAACCCACUUUGACUAUAUCAAUUUUGCCUAGAUGUAUAACAGUUGCAUUAGCUCUCAGCAUUGUCUCAUUUUUUGAAGGUGUCAAUGCAUCUCUCACAGGCGCUGCAGUUAUUCUAACUGGUCUUGUGGGUGCAAACUUUGUACAAGCAAUGCUUGACAAACUUCGUUUGAAUGAUCCUAUAGCUCGAGGAUUAGCAGCAGCAUCUAGCUCUCAUGGAUUGGGAACGGCAGCAUUAUCAGCAAAGGAGCCUGAAGCCCUCCCUUUUUGUGCAAUCGCUUAUGCUCUAACUGGCAUAACUGGCUCAUUACUUUGUUCAGUUCCAGCAGUCAGGCACAGCCUGCUUCUGAUAGCUGGAUAAAAUUAUUUACUAGUUUCACACAUUUGUAUUUGGGGCAUCAAUAUGAAUAACCUUUCCCUCAAACAGUAUUUCAGAUUUAUGGGAAUGGUUUCUAUACUGUUCAUCAUACAGCUCACCACUAGCUUCCUGUACAGCAUCUGUAUCUUAGGUUUUGGUUAUUGUAAAAGGAAAACCUUUACGCGAAAACUUGCAGAUCCAUUUUCCUGCUA